AUGUCUGUGGUGUCAAAGAACCCGUUCGACCUCCUCGGUGAGGACGGCGACGCGUCUCCCGCUCCCGCCCCCAAGGUCGCAGCCAAGAAGGCCGACGCUCCGGCCGCACCCGCUCGUGCUGUCCCCGGUGCCGCCAAGCCCGCUGCUGCUGGUGGUGACCGUGGUGGACGAGGUGGACGCGGCGGACCCCGCGGUGCGCCCAGGAACACCUACCGGAACGAAGGCGACCGCAACACUGGACCCACCAGCUCGGAAGGCGUUGCUGAGGGCAUGGAGACUCCUGGUGGAUUCGACGGCGAGCGUGUCGCUCCCUCCCGCAAGGGCAACCACGUCCGUGACGCCCACACCAAGGGUCCUCCCGGCGACAGGCCCGCCAGGAACCUCACCUCGGGCGGUCACACUUCGCGCGGCGGUCGUGGCGGUGGAAGCCGUGUCCCGGCUCAGGGCGGCGAGAGGAGGCAAUUCGAGAGGCGGAGCGGUGGUCUCCCGGACAGCCAGAAGAAGAUUGAGCACGGUUGGGGCGCGAACGAGGGCGAGGCCGAGCUGACCGCCGAGGUUGAGGGCCAGCAGGACGCUGUCAAGGAGGAGAACGCUCCUCAGACCCCCGUGGGCGAGGAGGCGGAUGGCGGAUGGGGAGCUGCCGACGACGCACCGGCCGCUGCUGCCGCCGAGACCACCGAGGCUGCAGAGCCGGUCGAGCCCGAGGAGGUCCAAAAGUCGCUCGAUGAGUACCUCGCUGAGCGUGCCGCCCAGGCCGUUAGCUUCGGCAAGAAGGAAUCGAGACAGGUGUCUGCCGAGACCGUCGAGGGUCGGGAGUUCAGGAGGGCUGCUAUGGACGACUUUUACGCUCCCAAGGAGAAGAAGGAGGCCAAGUCGUCCAAGACCGCCCCCAAGAAGGAGAAGGUCUACAUUGCCUUUGACGGUCAAUUCGCUACUCCCCCAGGUGGCGGUGACCGCCCGAACCGAGGCGACCGAGGGGAGCGUGGCGGUCGAGGUGGAUUCGGCGGCGAGCGUGGCGGACGGGGCAGGGGUGGACCCCGAGGGGCUGCCAGCCGGGGGGCGCGUGGCGGUGCCGGUGCGGGCCGGGGUGGUGCUGCUCGAGGCGGUGCCAACCUCGACUCGAACGACCAGACCGCUUUCCCUGCGCUUGGCGCAUAG